CACCACUAAUUACCAAUGGACGCUGAAUUUUGACUAUUACGUGCUCAUUUUGUUUUCUGUAGACCAUUCCUAAGGUCUGAGGCGCCAACGUAAACAUGGCCGACACUUUGGUGCAGUCCAACUUGGAGAAAAUAAGCAGUUUUCUCCAGGACGUGCAGUACCGCUCAUUGAUGAUAAACAGUGCCAACUACAAUGUACGACUCAUGCGAGAGCGGAAGACCCGUCUACCCUUCCUCGAUUCUCAAACAGGAAUUGCUCAGAACCCAUGCAAGCUAUACAUGAGCGCUCGGCAUCGUAUGCCUGGGACGGUAGAAGGUCAGCUCUAUGUUUACCCAUCUCAAAGAUGGUGCAGAAGAAAACGUUCAUAUAUGGCAAUUUCACACGAGCAUUGGCUCCUGAAAAAGACUAUAAAAGAGCCGGAAGGAGAUGAGCAUACAAUUGUAACAGUUGAGAAUCCUGCAGCUGUCAGUACAGAGGACACCAACAUGAUUUAUGAAAAUAAGUCUUUCCAGGAAACCUUUUAUUAUGAUGAAACUGCUUUCUAUGAAGAUGAGGAAGAGGAACCUGAUGAUGAUGAUGAUGAUACCUACUCUGCACGUACUACAACAGCGCGUAAAAGGAAAAAGCCAGCGAAAGUUCCAAAGCCUCCCAAGCAGUCCAGUGGCAGAGGAAGAAAGAAGCGGGAAGGUGCCAUAAAACCCAUGGUUGAGGUUGAUGAAGAGACUCCUGGAAAACCAUAUGAAUGCCAACUGUGUGGUGCCCGCUACAAGACCAGACAGGGUCUCUCCUACCAUCUCUCGCACACACACAAAGGGGGCAGGACUAACUCCGGGGGCAGUCGAACCAGAGGGGCCAGCAACAAUUCUGCUGGUACUAGAGGCGAAACCCCAGCUGCACCUGCUGGGAGCUACCAACCCCAAGCCUACCAACCUGAUGCUCUAGCAGGCCUGACAGAGUUUCAGGACAGUUACCUAGGUUACUUAUCUGCGGGUCAGGAUGCCUCGCCCACGGGGCGUAGUGGCAGUAGCAGUACAAGCAACAGUAGUAGACGAUCUAGUGGUGGGGGAGGGGUAUCUGGGGGAAAUGUAACUAUAUCAACUGGGAAUGGCAGCAGUUCUUCCAACAGCCGUGGAUCCAAGGGAAAUAGUGGGACUUGGUCAGGGUUGACAAGUGUUGGGUCACCGUCUGCCAUGAUGCCUGGAACUGGAAAUAGCACUGGCACUCUUGAAUACACGAGGGACUCCAGUCCAGGAAGAUUAAGUGUUCAGGAGACUGAACAGCAACAGUAUGUUAAAUCGCCAAAACCAGCUGUGGAAAAGGGAAAAGCACAGCCAAGUCCAUACUGUGAUUUCUGCCUGGGUGAUACUCUUAUGAAUAAAAAGACAGGGGAAUCUGAAGAAUUGGUCUCUUGCGCUGACUGUGGAAGAUCUGGUCAUCCCACUUGUCUGCAGUUUACGGCCCAUAUGAUGAUCUCAGUGAGACAGUAUCGAUGGCAGUGUAUUGAAUGUAAAUGCUGCACACUCUGCGGAACUUCUGAAAAUGAUGAUCAACUGCUUUUCUGUGACGAUUGUGACCGUGGCUAUCAUCUAUACUGCCUACGGCCCCCUUUGCAGGAGCCACCAGAGGGUGAAUGGUCAUGUGAUCUCUGCCUUCAACAAUUUCAUACAAAGUGAGGAAUUCAUAACUUCAAUAUGUGACUUACUUAUAAAUUUUGCUAUAUGUCAAGCAACACCUCCUUUUGAUCAUAUAUUUUUUUAGGGUGAUAUGUAUGUAUUCUUGUUUUCAGAUUCCCAUUACUGUAUGCCAGUAACAGUUUUAACAAAAUUUGAUACAGUAUUUUUAAUGUUGGUUAAUUGCAGUUCUUUUAAUGUUAUUUAUUGUGGUAUAUUACCAUUCAAGUUGAACUUGAAGAUGAUUUCUGUUGUAUAUUUUAAAUGAAAACUUGGAAGUUCAAUGCAAAUGUUGCCAUAGAUCUUACUUUGUGAUAUAUAAAUGUAAAAAAAGAAAUUAUUUUUAUCAUCUUCGUGUUGAUUCUAGAAAAAUUUUUUCGUGGUGUUUGCCCAUGAUUUAGUCAUUGGGUUUAUUGAGUCUUUCAUACAGUAAUACUGAGUACACUGCAUGUGCAAUUGUAGAGGAAAGUUUGAAACUUUUAUAGAUGGUUAUAAGUGGCAGAAUGCCUUGAAAUGUGUACGUGAUUGCAGCGUUGCAUCUUUCACCAGAGAAGUGAACUGCUUGUUAGAUCCUUUUUAGCUAGAGAAUCAUAGCUUCUCUUAAUUGGGUUCAACUUAACAGAGAAUCUUUAAGCUCUGCCAAACAUGUGAAAAGGAGCUAUAUAUGUCAGUAAUUGAGACCAAAACAUUAGGUGUAUUUUUUCCUUUUUGUGAUAAAGUGGUUAAGGUAGAUGUUCAUAUCCUCCUAUUUUUUACCUGUGCCUACAUUUUGGGUAAAGGGUUGACACUAGCCAAGUAGUGGUAAGCAAAGUGAAGCCUUCCUUUUCUUUGUAAUUUCAUUUUGCUUUCACCUAAUUCAUUUUUCAUCGUCAGUUAUCUUCAGGUCAGUAUUAUGAACUCUUGCUGUUUUCAGGCCACAGUAUGCUUGAAUAUGGUAAGUUCAUAAAGUGUUUUCUUUUUUUGGUUAAUGAGUAAGAGUAGCAAGUGUUAAUUACUUGGCAAGUAAUCAAUUUCUGUAUUAUAAAGUACUAUAGCUGCAUUAGACACAGUAUGUGAAUUAUUUUGUAUUUUUACAUGCACAUGUAAAAUUUUACAUUUUUGAGCAUGAGGAUGGCUCGUAAGAGUGGAUGGCACUGAUAUUACCAUUGAUCGGUAUAUUGCUCAGGUCUUUUAGAUGGUAGAUCAAGCAAUAAGUCCAUGGCCUCCAAAAGCUUCCUUCUUAUUAUGGCUAUCUUGGAAAGGUGAGGUGUCAUCUUAUGGAGCAUCUGUUGUGAAUGUAAGGUUGGCAGAAUGAGGCCUAGGACCAGUGAGAACAUGUUUUAUGCAAGCAUCAAGGUGAGGAGUACCAAGUUUGGGGACCACACACUUUUCUAUCUUCAGAGUAAGGGAAAUCAGCCUUAACGUCCUUUGCAACUGGCAUUUGUGUUUCUUUUUCUCAAGGGCAGAAUGCUCAGUUUCAUGAAAUACCAAUCCAGUUCAAAGCUUAUUAUAUUUCAAUAACUCCUUGGCUGAUUGUCAAAAAGCAGUUGAAGUGCUAAAUUAAUGGCCUUCCAUUAAGCAACUCUUUUGCAUAAUUUAAUAUUAUUAUACUGAUAUGUAUUGCUUAUGGGCCCUUACAAAAUAUUAAAUUAAGUAUUUGCAUAGUCCUUGAAUGCAUAGCUUUCAUUUUACUGGGAUUACCUUCCUUUCAGCUCCUCCAGUUUGUAAGCAUGUCUGACUCUUGCACAAGAAAUGAGAGCAUUUGACAGAUAAGACAAGACGAUUCCCAUAGCGUAUCCCUACUAGUUUAAGCAACCUUUUGGCAUUCUUUGUCUGCCCUUAACCCUGUGUGUAGGCAUAAUCCAGAUAAAGAGUCUUGUGUUUAUCAGGCAUAAGAAUGAUUCAAAUUUUCUAUUUCUAGAUGGAGACAAUUAAUUUCUCACAUAAAGCACUAUUAAUCUGCAAUAGAUGUUAACAGUCAAGCAUUGUAUGCAUAUUUAUACAUGCCCGUUUUUGUUCAAAGUGACUAAAUAGAUGAGCAGUUUUUAAUAAAUAUUCAUUUUUUUGGCAUUGCUUGACAUUUGAUUUGUUUUGUCACUGGAAAAGAAAAUUUUAUACCACAGUAAAGAAAAAUAGCAAAUAGUCGCUCAUUUGUUUCAAACAAGUUGUGUUUGAGUCUGUGUGAUAUUUAACUUUUGUAAGGACAGCUUUUAAAAACUAAUUACAGUAGUAUAGUACAAGGUAUGUUAUGUCUCUUUAAUAUAUAAUCUCUGAUUCUUUAUCAUGGAUUGAUAUUAACUAGUGCUAAAAUUUAAUCACUUGGGCAGUCAUUUUUAAACAUUUCAAAGAAAAAGUAGGUUAUAGUAAUUCUAGUGAGGGUAUUUUUAAUGCAUUUUUGAGAGUGUGAAUUAGCAGAAAUGUACAGUGCAGUAUUCAUAGGAUACAGAUUCUUUGAGCCUCACAAUAGAAUGACCCCUUACUAAUAGGAGGGGUUUUUCUUAUAUUUAUUGUAGUAUAGGAUUUUUAUAGGUAAAAAUGAAAAUGUUUCUUAUUCUGCCCAUCAAAAUGGGAUGAGUAAUUCUACUUAAGAUGUGAACGCAGUUUUUCUAAAAUUGGGCCAAUUUAAUUUUAAGUGUAUAGUAGUCACGUUAAUGUGAUUUUAGAAAGCCAGAUAAUAAUAAUAUAUUAGAUAUAUUGUAGUAGCAGAGCAUAGCUUUGUUGAUGAUUUGUAAUAAUGUUUACUGUGAGAUGAUAAUUGAUAAUGUAUGUACUAGGUAUCCAAUUUUUUAAGGGAAAAGGAAACUCACUCUUGCAGUUUUGCUCUUGACCUGGACACCAUUCCUUUGCUUGCCUGCCAUUUUUUCUCAUUGUUAAUGGGAUGCCUUAUGCUUUAUAGUAUAAAUCUGAGCCUCUAUUAUGGUGUCAGUCACUUGUAGUUUUUCCUUGGUUUGUAGUGGCUUAAAUAUUUUUUUUAUCCAGCAAAUCGAAUUAACUGACCACUAAAAAGACUGAAACAAAGUUGUUUUAUUUUGUGUCUGGAAAUGAGGCUUCAGUGCAAAUUAACUGUUUAUUCUUGAAUGUGUGUUACAUUAAUUCUGCUUUAGUUCAGGGAUGUUUUACAGCAUUUGAGUUGACAUUUUAUGGGUUUUCACACAUUUUAUAGGUUUUUGGCAACAAGGUUAUAACUUGGCAAUUUUUCCUACUUAAAAUUAUUUGUGUGAUAUAAUUGUCAUGUUGGCAUACAGCAGCAAGGUGUAUACACUAGUGUGAUUUAUAGGAAAUGAUUCAAUAUAAAUAAACAGGAAAGAGUUGAAAUUCAUGUUAGAUACAGGUGAAGUACACUACUAAUUUUUUAAAUAUAUUUGAUAAUCAGUUUUAGCAAAUUCAGAAAUCGGUGUAAAAUAUGAUUCAUAGCAACUAGUAAAUCUAAUGCAUUUUUAAAUAUACAGCAUAUACUAUUUACAGGUCAUAAAUCAGUAUAUUAUUUCAAAUAAUUUUUAGCAACAAAAUAUAUAAAAGUAAAUUUAUAUUCUAGAUUUUUUCUAAAUAUAAGAAAAUUAGAAUUUUGACUGAAUAACUAUGGACUAUUGUGCUUAUUCUUUUUAUGUAUAAAACCUUUCCAUAGAUUACAGAGAAGCACUUUGAAUUGAAAAGAAAUAUAAUUUUUGGAAAUCUGGGAUUUAAUUUUUUAUUCCAUACCAACCAUGAAGAGAAAAACUAAUUUGCACCUGGUCCUAACUCUUACUAGUAUUACUUUUCAGUCUCGGUAUUAUUUUGUAUUUAUAAGAAUAAACUCAUGAUUAAUACAACAGUUAUAAAAAGUGGUUUUUAUGGUUGGGGUGGAAUAAAAUUAUAGUUUUCUACUUGUAUAUUAUGUAUAUUGAGCAAAAUAAAGCACUUGCUUCACUUCUUUUUAUUGGCUGAUCUACUUACAUUUUUUUUAAAGAUGUUUAGUUCUGAGGGGCUACUUUAUAUCUGAAGCAUAAAUCAUGUAUGUCUAGAUAAUGAUACUACUUGAGUAAACAGGUGAGAAGUUGUACUUGAUCAUCCUUAGACUGUUAUUUGUGUUUUGAGGAAACAAGGAAGUUCUCUCAUGGUUCAUCAGGAACCAUCCCUAACAAGGAAAACUUGUGUACAGUGUUCCCCCUUAUUCUUGGGGGAUGUGUACCGGGCACCCCCGUGAAUAGUUAAAACCCGUGAACUGCCCAUCUUGAAAGUUCAGAUACCAAAUGUAUACCUUAGUUAUUAAUCUUUGAGGUUAUAUUAUUAAUAUCAUUUCAAAGUCAUCUUAAACAUUUUACCCUUAAAGAUGUAUACCUACAGCCAAUAACACAGAGAGAGAGAGAGAGAGAGAGAGAGAGAGAGCAUUGUAUGGCAACAUCAUAUAUCUGACCGUCAAGAGUGAAAUUAUGAAUUAUUCCUGAGAUAGAGAAUAAUAAUGGAGAGAGAGAGAGAGAGAGAGAGAGAGAGAGAGAGAGAGAGAGAGAGAGAGAGAGAGAGAGAAUAACUCCUAGACUCCACUCCUUCCCCUCAGCCAAUACAGUAUAUCAAACUGUCAUUUACUCCCCCGCCCUCCUUCUUCCAAGUGGAUAAUAAGAGUGGGAAUGGUUAUUUUUUAUUAAUCUUAUCAAUAUUUGAAAAUUAGUUAUAAGGUAAAUCAUUUAUUUAUACAGUAGACCCUUGACUCACGAACACAAUCCGUUCCUAGACCUUGGUCGUGUUCCAAAUUGUUCGUGACUCGGAGCUAAUUUCCCCAUAAGGUUUAAUGGGAAUAAUAUUAAUUGGUUCUCGACCCCUACGAACCAAUAUAUAUUAUGUAUAUUUUGCCUUAUUUUACACAGAUAAUGUAAAAGUCAGUGUAAAAAACCUUAAUAUAUCUAAUAAUAUAAUUUAAAAUGGUAAACUAACACUAUAAAAACGUUUGUAAAGUGAACACUUACUAUGACUGGCGAGACUUCUGGCUUGACGGACAAGAGAAGAGGAGGGUGGUGGGUGGGGAGGAGGUUAUUGUGCGGAAGGAGACCCUCCCCCAUCCAGGUCGGGGAGAUCUCGUUCCGGAGAUUCAACUCUUCUAGGUUUUUUUGGUGAACGUUUAAUCACAAACUUAUCCAAUGUCUGUUGCCUUUUCCUUCCUUGCAUAACUUUUCUGAAAUGGCUCAUUAAAUUUUCAUUGAGCAUAUUCACGAUCCUGUUCGUAACAAUUUUGUCCGGAUGAUACAAUUCAAGGAAGCACUGGCAUCAUUCCACUUUUCCAAUGCGGCUUUUAUCACAUCACUGCUGACAUCUGUAACUUCCUCCCCAGCCUCCUCUUCGUCAGUUGAUUGCUCCCGAGCAAGUUGCUCCUGCUGCUCUUUGUGGAGUUGAACAAGUUCGUCCGCAGUCAAAUCUUCUGAAUGUUCAGCGACCAAUUCUCAACAUCUUCGUCGUUGACUUGUAGACCCAUACUGUUGCCCAUGGACACAAUUUCUUGCACAAUCUCUGCAUCGAAGCCCUCAAAGUCACGGACAGUUA